UGUCAUUUAUAAGUGCAAAUUUAUUUACAAAAUUAUUUGCCAAAUCGAGUAAAACCAGUCAACAACGACGCGUAUUUAAUGUAAAUAAAUCCUUGAUUAGAGUGAGCAACAAAGGCAGCUAGUGUGUGAAGCAUACCAAGUGCAAUGAAUGCAUUGAAAAAAAGCAAAAAGGGAGUGUGCGGGAGUGCUUUGAUAUGAUUUGGCUACGGUUGCAGUAUUCAAACAACGACCAAAACAAUAAACCCUGCGAUCAGGCUAAUUUUAGCGUAUGUGCAGCAAGAACAAUAACAAUACCACACAAACGGGAGACAAUCAACAACAACUGAUCGUACAGCGCGCGCAUAAGUGUGCGUGUCUGUUUAGUUGUGUUGUGUGUGUGAGUGCGUGUGUGUGCGCGAGAGAGUGCGCGUGUGUGAGUGUUUGUAUAGAAAGUGCGCACGUCAGGCGUUGGCUGUUGUCGCUGUCGCAGAGUCGCAGUCACAGCCAUGUCCAGAAUUACAUUGACCACGUUAACACACAGCGGCGGCGGCAUCAGCAGUAGCAGUAACAACAGCAACAACGACACACGCACUGGCACGCUGACGCAUUUGAUGGAGGAGCAUCAGCAUCAGGCGGGCACACGUACUGGCGCAGGGCAUAGAGCAUCACCGGGUGGCGGUGCCGUUGGUACCGCUGGCCUAAUCUCAGAUGGAGCAGAAAGAUUGCGUCGACAGGGCAGUCGAAUGCAAACCUCGCGCUUUGCCUGCAUGCGCUGUUGUGGCAACUUUCUCACAUAUCUGGUACGGCUACGCAGUUCACCCGAGGAGCUGGAACAACGCUACAAAUCCAAAGAGAUCGAUCGGUUUUUGGAAAAGGAAAAACAGACGUUUCGACGGCAGGUAAAGCUGCUGCUCCUGGGCGCUGGCGAGUCAGGCAAGUCAACCUUCCUCAAACAAAUGCGCAUCAUACAUGGCGUCAACUUUGAUCCAGAGCUGCUGCGGGAUUACCAACAUGUGAUAUACCAAAAUGUUAUUAGAGGUAUGCAAGUGCUGCUUGAUGCGAGAGAAAAGCUCGACAUCUCCUGGGGCAGCGAUGGACGCGAACAGGAUGCCAACGAUGCUAAAUCAAUGGAAUGCAAUGCAAUAGAGGCAGCUACAUUUGUCGAAUACGCACCACUCAUUAAACGCCUUUGGCAGGAUCGUGGCAUUAGACGUGCCUAUGAGCGACGUCGCGAGUUUCAAAUUAGCGAUUCGGUCAGCUAUUUUCUAGAUGAAAUCGAGCGGCUGGCGAAACCCGAUUACGUGCCCACACACAAGGAUAUAUUACACUGUCGCAAGGCAACCAAAGGUGUCUACGAGUUUAGUGUUAAAGUUCAGAACAUUCCAUUUGUGUUUGUCGAUGUGGGCGGUCAGCGUACGCAGCGUCAGAAGUGGACCAAAUGCUUUGAUACCUCGGUAACAUCCAUAAUAUUUCUAGUGUCCAGUUCGGAGUUUGAUCAGGUGCUUGCCGAGGAUAGAAAAACGAAUCGACUGGAAGAGUCCAAGAAUAUAUUUGAUACCAUUGUGAAUAAUAAUACAUUCAAGGGUAUUUCAAUAAUACUGUUUCUGAACAAAACCGACUUGCUGGAGCAGAAAGUACGCAAUCCGGAGACUGAUAUACGCUGGUACUAUCCACAGUUUAGUGGCAAUCCACACUCGCUGCUAGAUGUCCAAAAUUUUAUAUUGCAAAUGUUCAUGAGUGUGAGGCGCAGCAGCAGCACCAGUCGUAUUUAUCAUCACUUUACCACUGCCAUAGACACGCGCAACAUCAAUGUGGUGUUCAACUCGGUAAAGGACACAAUACUGCAACGCAAUCUAAACCAAUUGAUGCUAUAAUAGCUUCCCACACACCCACACACACCAUACCACGGACCCUUAUUCAUCAGCAAUGAAUCUCACGCCAGCAGCUUUGGCAAACACACACUAUAUACUAAAUACAUAUAUACUUUGUUAUAUAUGACGAAACACAAGUGCCAGGCUGUUUAAGGAAUAUUGAAAUUGUUUUGUCGUAGGGCCGCCCAAAAUUGUUGUUAACUUUUUAAAAAUACAAAACAAAAACAAAAUGGUUUAAUUAUUCAUAAAAUUAUGUAUUAAAUGAAAUUAUUAUUAUUAUAUAACUUGUAGCAUUUACAUGUAUUAUGAUCAUAUUUAAUUUAUGCAUAAAUGUAUAUAAUUUAUUGUGUAUGUUCUCACCCCCACGCCAGCCCCCCGUCCUCUCUUUCUCUGUGUGUGACCCGCCUAACGCGCUAUAACUAAAACAAUCGCUGCUACAAAUACGCAUAUAUAUAUUAUAC